UUGUCCCGCCGAAACUUACUAAUGCAUGCUGGGGCUUGUAGUACUUGUAGCACCCUUCCCAAUGUCCUCUGCGCUACUCCUUCCGGUCCCGCCUAUCUCUGCUGUCCUGGACUGUUUAGGAUUCUCUUAGCCUGUUUGAAGACCAGGAAGUUUUAAAGUUUCUAGACCGGCUGUUGAAAGACGGUGGCUUGGGUGGGACAGUCGCCAGGGAUGGCGGAGUAUGAGGAUGGAGCGGUUGUCUGGGCUGCUGUCUUGGACGCUGAACAGAGUCCUGUGGCUCUCGGGCCUCUCUGAACGGGGAGCUGCCCGGCAGCCCCGGAUCAUGGAAGAGAAAGCGCUAGAGGUUUAUGAUUUGAUUCGUACUAUCCGGGACCCAGAGAAGCCCAAUACUUUAGAAGAACUGGAAGUGGUAACAGAAAGUUGUGUGGAGGUUCAGGAGAUACAUGAAGAAGACUAUCUGGUUAUUAUCAGGUUCACGCCAACAGUACCUCAUUGUUCUUUAGCAACUCUCAUUGGGCUGUGCUUAAGAGUAAAACUUCAGCGGUGUUUACCAUUUAAACAUAAGUUGGAAAUCUAUAUUUCUGAAGGAACACAUUCAACAGAAGAAGACAUCAACAAGCAGAUAAAUGACAAAGAACGAGUGGCAGCUGCAAUGGAGAACCCCAAUUUACGGGAAAUUGUGGAACAGUGUGUCCUUGAACCUGAUUAGUAGCUGUUUUAAGAGUCGUUGAACUGUAAUUAUUUGAUAGAUUUGUUUAAACUCUUUGUAAAAUGUAAAAGACUCAUGUUUAAUAACUAGGUGAUUUGUACCUCAGAAGAUUUUUUUUAAAGGAUCAUUUCCAAGCAAGAUUUAAUUAUAAGGUAGUAACUAGUUUGUUCAGUGGAUAACAUUCUAAGGAUUUAUAACAAUUAAGUGAUCAGACAGAGAAAUAUUUUCUAGUUAUUAUGUGUAAGAUGAGUUGCUAUUUUUCUGAUCCCAUUCUGAUAGAACUACUUUUCAUGUCAGAUUGCUACUCUGCCCAGAUAUAUUAAAUUUUAAUCAUUAUUCUGUGAAAUAAAAAUAAACAGACGAUUCUUGUAAUGA